GCGCUGAUGGCGGCCCUCUGUCCGCCCUCAGGAUGCGGAUCGUGGAUGACGACGUGGGCUGGAGCAGCAUCGCCGCUGUGCCCGAGAAGGAAGAGGAGGAGGACGAAAGCGACGUGCCCGUGGUGGCAGAGUUUAUUGAUGAGCGUCCGGAUGAAGUGAAGCUCAUGGAGGAGUUCCGAACAAACGCUAAAUGGAAGCUUUUAGGAGACCAGAAUGAAGACUCACAGAACUCGGAUAUUUCAGUCCCUGCCAAACCUACCACAAGGCAACAACGUCACGACUCCCCAGAUUUGUCCCCUCCCAGACAAGAGAGAAAUGAUUCCCCCAGCCUCUUACCUCGCAAGCAACAACAACGUGACUCCCCGGACCUGUCACCUCCGAGGAGGAAGCGCCACGACUCCCCGGACCUGUCACCUCCGAGGAGGAAGCGCCACGACUCCCCGGACCUGUCACCUCCCAGGAGGAAGCGCCACGACUCCCCGGACCUGUCACCUCCCAGGAGGAAGCGCCACGACUCCCCGGACCUCUCUCCCGAAAGAGUCAGUUCAGCAAUGGGAAAAAAAGGCUGUCAAAUGACAGAUAAGUCACUGCUGGGAGAGAUCCAAGGAGAGCAGCUUCAUUUUGGGCACAGCUCCUCCGACAAGCCCUUGUCACGUCAGAAGCAGCAGACUGCUCCAGAUCUGUCCCUUCAGUGUAAGAGGAGGUAUGAUUCUGACCCAGAUUCAUCACCGCCUCUGAGAAAGAGGGCUGGGUCACCAGGUCAGAAAAAGCUGAGUAAAACAAAAGAUGCUUCCCACGUAGAAAAGCUCCAUCGUGACUCUGAUUCUCCACCUCCACGAAGGGGUACCCAAAAUGCCUCUGAGGCAGACCUUUCUCCCCAGCGGAAGAAUCACAGGGCUCUGCCUACUGGAAAGAGUCAGCGUGGUUCAAGGAGUCCCCCUGAUCUCUCACGUCAUCGGUACCCUGAUGAUAAGGGAUCUCCCCAAAAGGCCAAAAUGAUGUCUGGGGUCAAAGCUGGCUUGGUGUCAGCUGACGUGCUGCGGAAAGAGCAGCAGGAGCUCAGGAAGCAGGAGAGAAGUAGCAAGCACUUGGAAGAGGAAUCCCGACACACAGAAACCAUCUUCCGUGACAAGUCAGGCCGCAAGAGGGACCUUGAGCAGGAACGGCUUGAACAGAAGCAGAAAGAUGAAGCAAAGUCAGAGCGAGAUGAACAAUAUGCCAGAUGGGGAAAGGGAUUAGCGCAGGGGAGGCAACAGCAGCAGAACGUGGAAGAUGCAAUAAAAGAGAUGCAAAAGCCUUUGGCCCGUUACAUCGAUGAUGAGGAUCUGGAUCGAAUGCUGCGAGAACAAGAGAGAGAAGGAGACCCAAUGGCUGAGUUCAUCAAAAAAAGGAAAGCCAAAGAGAACAAGGAAAAGAAAGAAAAACCUAGGUACAGUGGACCAGCACCUCCCCUCAACAGAUUUAAUAUAUGGCCUGGGCAUCGCUGGGAUGGGGUGGACAGGUCCAAUGGAUUUGAGAAGCAGUUCUUUGCCAGGAUGGCCGACAAGAAGGCGGUUCAGGAGCUUGCAUACAAGUGGAGCAUUGAAGACAUGUAGAAAGAAGAAAUAACCAUGUGAGACAACAUGCCUGAAUUGAGACUUGCUUGCUGCCACUGCCAGAGCCAUAAGUAAUGGCUCCUCUGCCUGGACCAAGUGCAGUCAUUGGCAUUCAGUAUCCUAGUGGAUCAUCCUCUAGGAAGCAAGGCUGUGUUUAGGGGAGAGCUGCUGGAGGAGGACUUUCCUGGCAGCCAGAAAGGACCAGUGCCAAAGCUGCAGUGGCUGCUGCCCACAGGAAUACUUCUGCUCCGUGGUGUUCCCUCAUGAGGUGCUGCAAACACUGAUGUCUGACCCACUUGUUUCUCUUCUAUAUAAACUAUAGAAACUGUGUUGAAUUGUUUUAUGCCAAAUGCUUUGUCCUGUGAAUCUUUUUUUUUUUUUUUAUACAAAUCUUCAAAUGUCCUAAAUCUCAGGUUUCUUUUCAUGGUGGAAAUAUGCUGGAAUCUAAGUCCUGGAGAGUUAACCCCAUCCGGUGUGUUGGCCUAUUGCAGCACACAGUUGUGGUUGCAGGUAUGGCUGAGUUCUUCCAGAGGGUGUUUUUUGCUCUGAAACAGCUCGGUACUGUGAGCUGAUUUACCUCUGGGCUUGUGUCAGAUCUGCCCCAUGUCCUCACCGUGAGCCCAGAGGGCUUCUGUUCAGUGUUGUGUAACUUUUAAGCCUUCUAGUUCUUGGAGUCUUUGGCUUGCAGCGAAGUUAGCACAGCAGAGCUGCUCAUAGCCCUUCUUGGAGCUGUGCCUGGUGGGUCAGUAUGUGGCAAGAAGCUGCUUGCUGUAUAUCACUCUGGUUCUCUCCUAGAAAAAGCUGAAAGAACAACACGCCGUGUUAUAUUUGACAGCAAAAUCUUCAGAAGCUCCAGCAGCUCCUUGGGGGUUAAUUUCUUGUGGAAAUAAACAUGCAGAGGCCAUUUAAA